AUGUCUGAUAACUUUGCAUCAAAAUAUUUAGAACUACCGCCGUUCGACUACACUCUAUAUGAAGAAAAUUGUGGUUUAGAGUGGAGAAAUUGGCUCCGUUCAUUCGAGUGGUACCUUAAAGCAACUCACAUCGAAGACGAUUCUGAAAAGUUCGUAAAACUGCUACACUUGGCUGGGCGCAAGGUUCAGGAGUUGUAUGAAGCUCUACCAACACCAGCAAGUCUGGCUGAAGUUGCUCGUGGACCACUUGCCAUCGGGUGUAGCCCACAUCCAACAGAUUAUGGCAUCGCGUUAUGCAAGUUAAACGAAUUUUUUGAACCGAAAAGAAAUGCCACAUACGAACGACACGUUUUUCGUCUCAUUAAACAAGAAAAAAGCGAACAAUUCGGUAUAUUCGUCAUGAGACUUCGCAUACAAUCUGAAAAAUGCGAUUUUGGCGAGGCCGCCGAAGAUAAUGUCAAAGAUCAAAUUAUCGAAAAAUGUUUUUCGGCGAAACUUCGGCGGGAGCUGCUUAAGUUGGGUGACUGCAAGCUGGACAACAUUUUGAGAUCGGCAAAAGUAUUCGAAGCAAUUGAGGAACAAUGUAAGACUUUCGACUCAAGUGUAAACACAAACAACCAACUAUCAGAAAACGUCAAUACAAUCGACUCCAAAGCAAUCUUCAAAACGAAUAGGGCCAAUGACAACAAAAUUGAGUGCACCCGAUGUGGAUAUGCUGGGCAUAGGGCUUUCGACGAAAAAUGCCCAGCAAGAGGCAAGCUUUGCAACAAAUGCGGUGGCAAGGAUCAUUUUAUUAGGAAGUGUCGCAGCAAAAAGCGAAUCCAUUCAUACAACACUGCAACUACAAAAGAACCAGAUUUCAAACAAAGAAUGAAGCAUGAAUCUGAAGACCGCCAAACAAAAAAAAUCAAAGCAACUGAAUCCGAAACUAUUAAACUGCUUGACAGCACAACAAAACUCGAUGAAUACAUUUUCUGCAUUGGUGACAGUAAGGCCAAUGAAAUUAGUUGCAAAAUUGGUGGAGUGACAAUCACAGUAGUUGUGGAUUCAGGUUCAAAAUACAAUAUAAUUGACGGUAGCAACUGGGAUUUUCUUAAGGCGAACAAAGUUAAAGUCUCCAAGCAACGGAAGGAUGCUGAUGGUCUUGAGUUUAAAGCGUACGGUGGACAUCCAUUAACUACCAUUGGAAUAUUUGAAGCAACGGUUCAGACUACAUCCAAGUGCUGUGUGGCUGACUUUUAUGUUGUUAAAGACUAUGGAAAAGCUUUGAUUGGCUAUGAGACUGGUAUUCCACUAGGUGUUAUGAAAAUCGGGGAAAAUAUCAAUCAAGUCGAACAACAGAGCAGCAUGAGCAAAAUAAAAGGGUUUGUUGUUGACAUACCUUUGAAGGAAAACGUCAAACCAGUAGCACAACCAUAUCGCCGAGUACCAGUGCCACUAGAAGAAGCCGUUGACAAAAAAAUUGAUGAGCUACUUGAACAGGGUAUCAUAGAAAAAGUAAAUGAGCCUUCUCAAUGGAUUUCACCUGUAGUACCAGUUCCAAAAGGUGAUGAUGUUCGAGUCUGCAUCGAUAUGCGUCGGGCCAACGAGGCUGUACAAAGAGAGAACCACCCACUUCCAACCAUGGAAGAUUUUCUUCCCCACAUCGGAAAAGGGCAGUUCUUUACCAAGUUGGACGUGAAAAAUGCUUUCCACCAGGUGUGA